CGCAGCCGCGCCGCCGCGGCGGCGGUUGGAGAGGGUUCUUCCGGAAGGUUCGGGAGGCUUCUGGAAAACGCGCCGCGCGCUGGGCGGGGCCCCGCGUCUAUAAAAGGCCGGCGCAGGGGGCGGCGCGCCAGUCGCUUCAGAGUCCCGGUGCGGUGCGGUUGCUUUCGUCCAGUGCGUGCUCACUCAUUCAGCCGAGAUGCCUGAGGAAACCCAGACCCAGGACCAGCCAAUGGAGGAGGAGGAGGUGGAGACCUUUGCCUUUCAGGCAGAAAUCGCCCAGCUGAUGUCCUUGAUCAUCAAUACCUUUUACUCGAACAAAGAGAUCUUUCUGAGGGAGCUCAUUUCCAAUUCAUCAGAUGCUCUGGAUAAAAUCAGGUACGAGAGCCUGACGGACCCCAGUAAGCUGGACUCAGGGAAGGAGCUGCACAUUAAUCUCAUUCCCAACAAACAGGAUCGAACCCUCACUAUUGUGGAUACUGGAAUUGGAAUGACCAAGGCUGACUUGAUCAAUAACCUUGGCACUAUUGCCAAGUCAGGCACCAAAGCCUUCAUGGAGGCUCUCCAGGCUGGGGCAGACAUCUCUAUGAUUGGCCAGUUUGGUGUUGGUUUUUACUCUGCGUAUCUGGUUGCUGAGAAGGUGACUGUCAUCACGAAGCACAAUGAUGAUGAGCAGUAUGCCUGGGAGUCCUCAGCUGGGGGGUCCUUCACAGUGAGGACUGACACAGGUGAACCAAUGGGUCGAGGAACAAAGGUUAUCUUGCAUCUGAAAGAAGACCAAACUGAGUAUUUGGAGGAAAGGAGAAUAAAGGAGAUUGUGAAGAAGCAUUCUCAGUUUAUUGGCUAUCCCAUUACUCUCUUUGUGGAGAAGGAACGAGAUAAGGAAGUCAGUGAUGAUGAGGCUGAAGAAAAGGAAGAGGAAGAGAAAGAAAAAGAAGAAAAGGAGUCUGAUGACAAGCCUGAAAUAGAAGAUGUUGGUUCUGAUGAAGAGGAAGAAGAGAAGAAGGAUGGAGACAAGAAGAAGAAGAAGAAGAUUAAGGAAAAGUACAUUGAUCAAGAAGAACUCAACAAAACAAAGCCAAUUUGGACCAGAAAUCCUGAUGACAUUACUAAUGAAGAAUAUGGAGAGUUCUACAAGAGUUUAACCAACGAUUGGGAAGAACAUUUGGCAGUAAAGCAUUUUUCUGUUGAAGGACAAUUAGAAUUCCGGGCCCUUCUUUUUGUCCCAAGACGUGCUCCUUUUGAUCUGUUUGAAAACAGAAAGAAAAAGAACAACAUCAAGUUGUAUGUUCGCAGAGUUUUUAUCAUGGAUAACUGUGAGGAGUUAAUCCCUGAGUAUCUGAAUUUCAUUAGAGGGGUGGUGGAUUCUGAGGAUCUUCCUCUAAAUAUCUCACGUGAAAUGCUGCAACAAAGCAAAAUUCUGAAAGUUAUCAGAAAGAAUUUGGUCAAGAAAUGCUUAGAACUAUUUACUGAACUGGCCGAAGAUAAAGAGAACUACAAAAAGUUUUAUGAGCAAUUCUCCAAAAAUAUAAAGCUUGGAAUUCAUGAAGACUCUCAAAAUCGGAAGAAGCUUUCAGAGUUGUUGCGGUACUACACGUCUGCUUCUGGGGAUGAGAUGGUUUCUCUGAAGGACUACUGCACCAGAAUGAAGGAAAACCAGAAGCACAUCUAUUUUAUCACAGGUGAGACCAAGGACCAGGUUGCUAACUCAGCCUUUGUGGAACGUCUCCGAAAGCAUGGCUUAGAAGUAAUCUAUAUGAUUGAGCCCAUUGAUGAGUAUUGUGUGCAACAGCUGAAGGAAUUUGAGGGCAAGACCCUGGUGUCUGUUACCAAAGAAGGACUGGAACUUCCAGAAGAUGAAGAGGAAAAGAAGAAACAGGAAGAGAAAAAGACAAAAUUUGAGAACCUCUGCAAAAUUAUGAAAGAUAUUCUGGAGAAAAAGGUUGAAAAGGUGGUUGUGUCAAACCGAUUGGUGACAUCCCCGUGCUGUAUUGUCACAAGCACAUAUGGGUGGACAGCAAAUAUGGAGAGAAUCAUGAAAGCUCAAGCCCUCAGAGACAACUCAACAAUGGGUUACAUGGCAGCAAAGAAACACCUGGAGAUAAACCCUGAUCACUCCAUUAUUGAAACCUUAAGGCAAAAGGCAGAGGCUGACAAGAAUGACAAGUCUGUGAAGGAUCUGGUCAUCUUGCUAUAUGAAACUGCACUCCUGUCUUCCGGCUUCAGUCUGGAAGAUCCCCAGACCCAUGCUAACAGGAUCUACAGGAUGAUCAAGCUUGGUCUAGGUAUUGAUGAGGAUGAUCCUACUGUGGAUGAUACCAGUGCUGCCGUAACUGAAGAAAUGCCACCC